AUGUUCACCAACGUCAAAUAUUAUGGUCAUGGGCUUUUUGACAUUCUUGUUCUUUUCUCUUUUGUGGCUUUUUGCUUGGCAAUGUUUUGGUGGACGAGCAAGAAGUUAUCGUCCAAGCCAGCACUACCACCGGGCCCUCACGGCCUACCGCUAGUCGGAUACCUUCCUUAUCUGAGUCCAAACCUUCACCGGGACUACUUAGCAUUGGCCAAGAUAUAUGGUCCAAUUUUCAAGUUUUGGAUGGGAACCAAGUUAUGCAUGGUCAUCUCUUCACCCCAGCUCAUUGGCCAAGUGGUUCGCGAACAUGACAAAGUGUUCGCAAAUCGUGAUGUUAGCGUUGGUGCCUUCAUCUUCUCACAUGGUGGAAACGAUAUUGCUUUUGCGUCAUAUGGUCCAGAAUGGAAAAAGCUCCGAAAGAUCUUCACUCAUGAAAUGUCAAGUAAUACCGUACUCAAUAAGUUGUACGAGCUAAGAAGAGAAGAGGUGAGAAAAUCUACGAGGUACCUCUACGAAAAGAUUAAUACCCCUGUUGAUAUUGGGAUGUUGGUGUGUCAAACUGCCCUUAACUCGAUCAUGAACAUGACAAUUGGUGCAUCGUUAGAGGGAGUAAACGCUACUAUUGACAUCGCUCAAAUUAAGAAGGUGACAGCAGACCUCGUGAGGCUGCUAGGAAAACCUAAUAUCUCUGAUGUUUUUCCCGUGCUUAAGUGGUUUGAUAUACAAGGAAUUGCAAGAGAUAUGACGAAGAUUACACACAUCUUCGAUGUUAUGUUUGACAACGCCAUGGCACAACGGAAGAAUGCUAUUAUUAAUCAAGUGGACAAUGCGUCCACGAGGAAGGACUUGUUGCAGCUCCUUAUGGAGCUUCACGAGAAUCAAGAUAGCAAAACUCCAAUUACCAUGCCCGAAAUGAAAGCCUUGCUUAUGGACACAAUCUUUGGAGCAACGGACACUACAACAACCUCGGUGGAAUGGGCAAUGGCAGAGAUUUUUACUAAACCAAUGGUACUGAAUAAAAUUCAAGAGGAACUCAAACAAGUUGUGGGACUGAACAACAACGUGGAAGAAUCUCAUCUGUCCAAACUAACUUACUUGAACGCUGUCCUUAAAGAGACUUUACGUUUACACCCCCCAGCACCUUUUUUAAUACCUCGGUUUCCAAGUCAAUCUGCCAUUGUUGGUGGCUAUACUAUACCCAAAGGAACUGCUAUUUUUCUAAAUGUUUGGUCCAUGCAACGAGAUCCUAGUGUUUGGGAAAACCCUUUGGAGUUUCUACCUGAGAGGUUCAUGGGAGAUGAAAGCCAAGGUGAAACUAAUUAUAACUUUUCAGGUAAAACAUUCAACUAUUUACCAUUUGGAUCAGGGAGAAGAGUGUGUCCUGGAAUUUCCUUAGGAGAGAAGAUGGUUAUGCUGAUGUUGGCUUCGUUCUUGCACUGCUUUGACUGGAAAAUGCCCGUUGGUGCUAAAGUUGAAUUGUCGGACAAGUUUGGGAUUAUUGUUAAGAAAAAACAUCCUUUAAUUGGUAUUCCCAAACCCAGAUUUUCAAAUUUAGACCUAUACACUACUACUUGAAAAAGCUUGCUCAAAUCACUGUAUUGGUACUAUCUUUUCUAUAUAUGUAUAAUAAGGUACAAUAUAUAUAUAUAUAUUUAUAUAGUGAGAAAAAUAAAUAAGAAAUGCAAUAAAUAAACUCAAAAAUGUUUGUUCCA